AUGCUCAAUUUUGAAGAUGUCAAAGAGCGAGAUGGUGUUCGUUUCUCGUGGAAUGUAUGGCCCUCUUCUCAGAUAGAGGCAACACGGACUGUGGUUCCGAUAUCAGCACUCUCUACUCCACUGAAGCAGCGAGAGGAUCUUCCCCCAGUAUUAUACGAACCCGUGAUGUGUAAACCGCCUUGUCAUGCUAUUCUCAAUCCAUAUUGUCAAAUCGAUAUUGGCAGAGGCAAACUGUGGAUUUGUCCAUUUUUCUUGACCCGCAAUCCUUUCCCGCCACAUCAUAAAGAUAUCUCUAACACCAAUCUACCCGCUGAACUACUUCCCAAGUACACGACGAUUGAGCACACGCUAUCGCGUCUCACUCAGGCCCCACCUGUCUUCCUGUUUGUCGUCGAUACCUGUCUAGAUGCCGAUGACCUCAAAGCACUUUGUGAUGCUCUUGUCGUCAGUCUCAGCUUGAUCCCACCAUAUGCAUUAGUUGGUCUCAUUACGUUCAGCACAAUGACACAAGUUCAUGAGUUGGGCUAUGCAGAGUGUAGCAAGUCAUACGUCUUCCAUGGCAGCAGGGAGUACACACAGAAACAGAUUCAGGACAUGCUCGGACUCACUUUUGGUGCUGCGCGUUUCUUUCUUCCUGUCCAACAAUGCGAAUUUCAACUCACUGGCAUUCUGGAGGCACUCGCUCGUGACCCUUGGCCAGUUGCCAAUGACAAGCGUGCUUUACGUUGCACUGGUGUGGCCAUCAGUGUAACCGUUGGACUCCUGGAGACGACUUUCCCUAACACGGGCACACAUAUAAUGGUUGUCACGGGUGGACUGGCAACGGAGGGUUCAGGCAUGGUUGUCAGCAAUGAACUCAAGGAGCCUAUUCACUCUCAUCACAACAUCAGAUGGGACAGCAUCAAGCACUACAAAUGUGCGGUAAAGUUCUAUGAAGGUCUGGCGAAGAGGGUAUCCAACAAUGGCCACGCUGUUGAUUUGUUUGCUGGUUGCUUGGAUCAAGUGGGCUUACUAGAGAUGAAAUCAUUGCCCAGCUUGACAAAUGGCGUCAUUGUCCUAUCUGAUUCAUUUGCUACAUCGAUCUUCAAGCAAAGCUUCCUGCGUAUGUUCAACAAGGACGAUCAGGACUUCUUGCAAAUGGGUUCUAACACGAUGUUCGACACAACCAAAGAACUGAAACUCCUCGGGUUCAUCGGACAUGCGAUCUCUGCCGGAAAGAAAUCUGCGUGCGUUGGUGAGACAGAAAUUGGUAUUGGUCAGAUGUCAGCCUGGCGAAGCAGGUUGUCCUCGUCGGCGAUCAUCAGCAGCUUGGUCCGGUUAUCAUGA